AUGCCAUGGUGCUGAAGCCAGAUGAGGCCAAUGGCUGGAGGAUUCCCUUUAACAGCCAUGAGGGUGGCUGCGGGGCUGCCAUGCGUGCCAUGUGCAUCGGUCUCAGAUUCCCUCACCACAGCCAGCUGGGCACACUGAUCCAGCCUAUGCUGUGAACGGCAAACCUCCCAGGCAAUGGGGAAAAGAACUGAUGGAGGUGCUACCAGAAGCUAAAAAGUACAUUAUCCAAUCAGGCUACUUUUUGGAGAAGAAUCUUCAACACUGGCCCUGAGACAUCCAACUCAGAAAGAGAUAGAUGCCAGUGUGACCUUGAUGUGGUCAUCUUCAAUCUCAGCUGGUAGGCCCUCCCUCACUGGCUCGUGAAGGAUAAGAAAAAGCACCACCUCUCCGACCCCUUCAAGAAGCCUGUCAUGAAAUGGAGACCCAGGGAAGAUCCCAGAUGGACCACUCAUAGCCAUUUCCUUCCACCACUUGGAAGACACAACCCAGGGGGACCCUGGAGCUUCCAGCCUUCUCGUACAACCUCCCUGCAGUACUGCACACCCAGUGAUAAGCCCUUGAGGUCAAGAGGCCAGUUAAUGAUUACUGAGACCCAAGCGAGUAUGUGGUGUCCAAAACUUCAAGAGGCCGGUUAGUAGGAGUCGGCUUCACCCCAGCUCUGGGACUUCCAGCUCAGCGAUGCCCCCGGGCCUCAGGGAGAGACACUUCUGCUCGUGGGGGCUCCUUCUGUGGCUCAGCAUUGGAAGUGCAGGAGAUGCACCUCCUACCCCACAGAAAAAGUGCACUGACUUCCAGAAUGCUAAUCUUCUCCAAGGCACCAAUCUCAAAGUCCAGUUUCUCCUCUUCACCCCUUUGGAACCCAGCUGUGGGCAGCUAGUGCAGGAAAGUGGUGACAUCCAAAACUCUGGGUUUAAUGCCACUCUGGGAACCAAACUAAUCAUCCAUGGAUUCAGGGCCUUAGGUACAAAGCCUUCCUGGAUUGAUACAUUCAUUGGCACCCUUCUCCGGGCAGCAAAUGCUAAUGUGAUUGCUGUGGACUGGGUAUAUGGCUCUACGGGUGUCUACUUCUCAGCCGUGGAAAAUGUCGUUAAGCUGGGACUUGAGAUCUCCCGUUUCCUCAGUAAACUCCUGGUGCUGGGUGUGCCGGAGUCUUCGAUCCACAUCAUUGGUGUUAGCCUGGGGGCCCACGUUGGGGGCAUGGUGGGACAUUUCUACAAAGGCCAGUUAGGCCGGAUCACAGGCCUGGAUCCUGCUGGACCAGAGUACACCAGAGCCAGCCUGGAGGAACGCCUGGACCCUGGAGACGCCCUCUUCGUGGAGGCCAUCCACACAGACACUGACAAUUUGGGUAUCCGGAUUCCUGUUGGACAUGUGGACUACUUUGUCAAUGGAGGCCAAGACCAACCUGGCUGUCCCACCUUCAUUCACGCAGGCUACAGUUACCUGAUCUGUGAUCACAUGAGGGCUGUAUACCUCUACAUCAGUGCCCUGGAGAAUUCCUGUCCACUGAUGGCCUUUCCCUGUGCCACCUACAAGGCCUUUCUUGCUGGACAAUGUCUGGAUUGUUUUAACCCUUUUCUGCUUUCCUGUCCAAGAAUUGGGCUGAUGGAACAAAGUGGUAUCAAGAUAGAGCCGCUUCCCAAGGAAGUGAAAGUCUACCUCCUGACCACUUCCAGGGCUCCAUAUUGUGUGCAUCACAGCCUGGUGGAGUUUUACUUGCAGGAGCCAAGGAACAAGGAUACCUUCAUCUCAGUCACCUUCCUUAGCAGCAACGUUACCUCCCAGGUCAAGAUCACCAUACCUAGACAGGAACUCCAGGGGAAAGGAGUCAUAGCUCAUGCCAACCCUCAGUGCCAGAUAAACCAAGUGAAACUCAAGUUUCACUCUUCCCACCGAGUUUGGAGAAAAGACCGGACUACCAUUGUUGGGAAGUUCUGCACUGCUCCUUUGCCCGUCAAUGACAACAAAAAGAUGGUCUGCUUACCUGAGCCAGUGAACUUACAAGCAAGUGAGACUGUUUCUUAUGACCUGAAAAUAAUGUGUGUUUAGUAUAAACCUGGGCAGGAUACAUCUCCCUGAAUUUCAGAGGAGGGUGGGAGCUAUGUUCAACUUAUUCUAGGCCACUACUAUUAGAAGGAAGGCAAAAACUCUUGGUUGUUUUCCCUAUAAUUAGCCACUUUAGAGGGGAGAGUUAGCUCAUCUAACAGAGCUUUGUCUCUAUUACCAAUUUGAACAGCCUUACAAAAAUACAUUUUGAACUUUUCUAUUCAUAUUUAACUGCAAUUGCCCCAUAUCCUUGAACAUUUGUAUCUAGGAUUCAGUAGAAACAUUCACAGGAAGAAUGCUUUUUUAAAAAAUAAAAUAUCUGACUGGCUUCA